CCAAAGACAGCGUUCUCUACUCGAUACGGCUUGUAUGAGUUCACCGUUAUGUCGUUUGGCUUGACUAAUGCGCCGGCUUUCUUUAUGUACCUCAUGAACUCGGUAUUCAUGGAGGAGUUGGACAAGUUUGUCAUUGUUUUCAUCGACGACAUUCUGAUAUACUCCAAGACUGUACAAGAGCACAUUGGGCACCUCCGUAUUGUUCUGGGCAGGCUCCGAGAGCAUCAGUUGUAUGCCAAGUUCAGCAAGUGUGAGUUCUGGCUCAGGGAGGUGGCUUUUCUGGGACAUGUUCUAUCAGAGAACGGAGUGGCAGUUGACCCGAGCAAGGUGCAGGAUGUGCUCGACUGGGUUCAGCCCCAGAAUGUCAGUGAGAUCCGGAGUUUUCUUGGACUUGCAGGCUAUUACCGUCGGUUCAUCGAGAACUUCUCCAAGGUUGCGAAGCCGAUGACUCAGUUGUUGAAGCAAGGCAGCGUGUUUGAGUGGUCAGAUGCCUGUGAGUCUGCCUUCCAGACAUUGAAGAAGCUGCUCACGACCGCUCCAGUGCUUGCUCAACCUGAUGUGACCAGAGAUCAAAGGCCGCAGUGGUAA